AUGCGCUGGGCCUGGUGCACAGACGGGGCAGAAACAGUGACCGAGGCGGCUCCGUGUGGUCACAGCGGCUGGAUGUCUGCGCUUCCGUCCACUGUCCUCCCCGUGGCUGCUGGCCUGUCUGCCCUCCCCCCACUACCCAUCUUCCGCGCUCCCACGAAAGGGGCCGGACCUCCGUCCCAGGCCCAGGAUGUCCUCCACCCGUCCCUGGGUGAGCCCCGGCACAGCGGGUUCCUCACACGUCUCUGGUGCUCUGUGAUUAAAUCCGGCAGCAGCAUGGAGGCUGGGGUCACGCUGCUUUUCGGUAACAGCCGGUGCCGUGACCUCCUACUUUAA